CAUAUCAGUCUCGAUUUCUGCAUGUGGAGAGCAUUUGAAUGCUGAUUAUUCGAGAAAAAUUCCUUUUAGGGAGCAUCCCACAGGGUGUGAUUCUCUCUCCCAGAAUAUUUUUGCUUCUGCUUAUAGUGUUUUAAAGAAUUUAAGUCUUUAUAUUCAGAAUCAGGUUUCUUAUGGACUGUAUUGUAGAGAUGGAAUGCCUUCGAAAAGAGGAUAGGGGUAACCAAACCCUCCAAAGAAUUGCGGAGCAGCUUCAAUGUUAUAAAGGACCAAGACGGAGUAAGGAAAUAGAGCAGAAUUCUAUUGAUACCGGCUCGGGUUUCAGGCUUAUGGAGGCCCAGGAUGCUGAAAAUAAGCAGUUUUCUUGUGCAAACGGAAGGGACAGGAGAGCAGCUGUGUUGAUAUGCCUCUUCCAGGGCUAUGAAGGCGAGUUACGUGUCAUUCUUACUAGAAGGUCCAUGAAGUUGGCGUCUUUCCCAGGAGAUGUAGCAUUGCCGGGUGGGAAGAUGGAAGAAGGAGAUGUAGAUGACUCUGCAACCGCACUGAGAGAAGCCAUGGAAGAGAUUGGCUUGGACUCAAACUUGGUUCAAGUAGUUGCAAAUCUAGAGCCCUUCAUCUCUCAGAACGAUCUCCGGGUUGUUCCUGUUGUAGGCCUGCUUGCCAGGAUAGAAGAUUUCAGGCUUGUACUCAAUGCUGAUGAAGUUGAAGCAGUUUUUGAUGCUCCACUCGAAAUGUUCCUCAAGGAAGAAAACCAUAGAUGCGAAGAAAGGUCAUGGAAGGGUUGGAAAUAUGUUCUCCAUUGCUUUGACUUCGAAUCGGAGAAAGGGGAUUUCCUGAUAUGUGGCCUGACUGCAAGCAUUCUCAUUAGAGCAGCCUCUGUCAUCUACCAGAGGAUUCCCUGUUUCAAUGAACAUCUCCCUGAUUUUCAACAACUGCAAAGAACCUUGAAUAAUGGAGCAUAGUGCUCUGAAAACUUCUGUUUUGCAAUAUUCCUUUAAGCAAAAAGCUUCAUGCUUUGUUUCCCUUUGUAGGUUUGUAAUGGAAAGUAGAAAUAGUCUGUAACUUGAAAAAGUGUGAAUCUAUGUUCUUGAUUUUCCGCAAAUUCAGCCAAAAGCUGCCGGAUUUGGAAUAGGUUGGAAUGACUUUGAAU